UUUGAUUUAACUUAGUAAUAUGUAUAUAUAUAAUUAUGACCAUUUAUAAUAUUGAUAACUAUAAAUAAUAAUUAUAAAAUAUAUUAAACAAUAUAUGAUAUCAUCGUCUACACUUUAAAGUUCAAUAAUGACUUCUAUUAUGGAUCAGUAUGAACAAGCAAAUCAAAAAAAUAUUGCUGGUUCAAUAUCAGAUGAACCAAUUUCCGGAUACAAUUCAAGGAUGGAGGAUAGUACACCAAUUUUUAGCAAACAAAAAAUGCAGUUUACGCCCUCGGAUAAGAUUACACAUUUGGCAGUUGCUAACGAUAUUUUGGUAUUGGCCAUGGCAAAUAAUACUUUGUUUAGAAUUAAUUUGAAACAGCCUGAUAAAAAUGAAGAAAUAUCUCUGAAUAAACCUGCAUACAAAAUAAGCGAAAUAUUUAUUGAUCCAUAUGGUAAUCACCUGCUUAUUGCCUUAACAUCAAGACAGCCUGAAUCUUCUAGUGAAUUAAUAUAUCUCAAUAGGAAAAGUAAUAAACUUAAAGCUUCGAAUAAGUUUCGAGGCUACGAAAUAACUGAGGUUGGCUGGAAUUGUAAUGUGUGCUCUGAGACUACAACAGGUCAUAUUUUGCUAGGAACAUCUAAAGGUUUAAUUUUCGAAACUGAAAUGGGAUUAGAUGGUGACAAAAUAUUUCAUAGUAGUCUUGAGCAGUAUUGGAGACAAAUUUUUGAUAUUGGCAAGGGAGAUGACAUCCCAAUUACUGGUCUAGAAUUUCGCAAAGUCAAUGAUACAAAUAAGUAUAUUGUUCUUGUUACAACACCACAAAGACUUUAUCAAUUUUCUGGUACUUCUUCAUCAGAAGACAGGUCGCUAUUACAGCAAGUUUUCAAUUCAUAUUUAAACAAACCAGAGGAAUGUAUAGAAAUGGGAAGUUCAUUGAAAUAUUCAAAACUGAAAUUAUACUACAAUGAAGUGUCUAGCCUGCCCAAAUCUUUUGGAUGGCUUAUAGAACAUGGAUUGUACUAUGGAAAAAUUGACCCAUAUAAAUCUGAUGACUCAAAUUUUAUAUCCAAAGCUGAAAUGCUAGCAUUUCCAAAUAGAACAAAUGAUAACUUGAAAUCCAAGUCUAAACUAUAUCCAAUAACAUUUGUGAUGACAGAAUUUCAUACUCUACUUGUUUAUAAUGAUAAAGUUGUGGGAAUUUCGCAAUUGAAUAAUGAUGUGAUUUUCGAAGACAACUACAAUGAAGCUUUUGGGAAAGUUGUUAACAUUGCACGAGAUCCUGCAAAAGGAACUAUUUGGUUAUUUACAGAUAAAUAUGUCUUUAGAUACAAAGUCACACGUGAAGAAAGGGAUGUAUGGAAAAUUUAUGCUGACAAAAACGAAUUUGCAUUAGCAAAAAAGUAUUGCAAUAACAAUCCUUUAUUUUAUGAUAAGAUUCAAAUAAAGGAAGCUGAAAUGUUAUAUAAUGAAAAAAAAUAUAAAGAAUCUGCUCUUAUAUUUGCCGAAACGCAAUCGAGUUUUGAAGGUGUUUGCCUAAAAUUUUUGGAGCGGAAUGAAAUUCCAGCACUGAGACUAUUUCUUCGUAGAAAAUUAGAUAUGUUAAAACCUCAGGAUAAAACGCAAAUCACAAUGGUUAUUAUAUGGAUUAUUGAAUUGUAUUUAAAUGAAAUAGGUAAUUUAAGAAAUAGAAACUUAUUAGAUAGUCAAGAAUGCCAUGAACUGCAAACCGAGUUUGAUAAAUUUAUUAGGCAACCAGUAGUUUAUGAGAAUAUAUGCAACAAUAAAAGAGUAAUUUAUGAAUUAAUGGCGUCUCAUGGAGAUAAUGGUAACUUGAUAAAAUUGACAAUGUUAAACGAAGACUUCGAAAAUGUGAUUAUGAUGCAUCUGUAUAAAGGACAAUACAUGGAAGCUUUAGAUGUCUUGAAGAGACAAAGUAAUAAUGAGUUGUUUUACAGACAUUGCCCAAUACUUAUGGAAGAAAUACCAAAAAGCACUGUCCAAGUUUUGAUUUCAAGAGGAAAACAUUUACAACCAUCAAAACUACUUCCUGCAUUGGUAUGGGAAAUAGGCUGUAUAUAG